AUGAGCUCAAUCUCUGAUCCAUUACUGGCCCUACAACAGGCCGUGAAGUCGCAAAGAAAAGUAACAUACGCCAACUCAAGUGGACCUUGCUCAUCCCUGCACGAUGCAACACAACUAGUCAUUGACGGAAGGUCAUUCCCAAAAUCAAGUCGUACUCGAUAUCGCAAGGCAGGCACAUCCUCAGAUUUUUAUUCAUUGGACGCUGUAUACGUGGCGUGGCUCUUGCGACAGCUCAAUGGCGCGGAAUACAUGAAACAAGCGCGAGAACAUGGGUUGGCUGUAGGGUUUGUUUCAGUGACAGAGCGAAAGCAUGUUGUGGACUGGCUGGAAGGCAAAGCUUCGGACAAUGACCGGAUAGCACCUCUCGCUUCGGACUCUACAACGCCACCUGGGACACCUCCCAGAACUACCACUGGACAGGCACUCCCUGUAACGCCGCGCGCCCGUAACGCAGAAGCUGCUACUUCGUCACCUGCUAAAAGACGCUAUGUAGCCGACUCUCACGAUCUUGAGGUCGUCAAGAAGAUCAAGCAGAACGAAUCUGAACUUCGAGAUCGAACUACGGUGCUAAGAGGGACCAAAGCCAAUAAUUUUUCGGCGGUCCGACUUUCGUAUGUGGAGAAAUUGAAGAAGCUCAAGGAGGCCAGCAGGUCAGGAACGUCGUCGAUACCGGCAACACCUGCAUCAGAUCCAAAACUCGUCCGCAAAGCUCGCCAUACCCAACCUAUCAUCAUUAUUUCUUCUUCACCCUCCGCCCUUAUCACAAUGCACAACGUCAAAAGAUUUUUGGAAGAUUCAGUAUUCGAAACUUCCCAAGACGCUCGUGCCAGAGCGACAGCAGAAGGCAAUGUAAAACCCGAAGAUGUGCUCGCUAUCUAUCGGAAGCGAACCUCGAUCGACACGAGUGGGAAGGAGACCGUGAUCAAGUCGACAUACUGGGUGAUCGAUGGAGUUGACGCGCUCGCAAAAUUUGGGACGGACGCAUGGGAUCGAGUGGUAUGCGUGAUGACCACUGGACAGGCAUGGCAAUUCCGGCCGUAUAAAUGGAACGAACCUCGUCAAUUAUUCCAUAAUGUCAAAGGAAUUUACGUGUCAUGGUCAAACGACCCCCCCAAUGCGAAAAUUAAGGAUUGGAAUGUCACUGAAUUAAAAAUUGACCCUCAUAGACGGCAUGUCGACAAGUCGACUGUCGCUCAUUUCUGGAAAAUGUUGGAUACAUGGAUCCAAACCAAUAAACCUUGGUUAAUCAAACAUUGA